ACUUCACUGCCUGACCUCCAAGAACUUUUCAUUAAAGGAUGAAGAUCCAGGAACCAUCAGAUCUGUGCUGUUAUGAGGAGAUGCUUCAUUUCAUCAUUUCACUGCAGCUGAUCUACAGCCAUGRAUGUAAUGAAUAAAGUCCUCGGUUUGGAUGUUUGAAGGUUCACUGUCAACUAAUUAAUGUGUCAAUGAUCAAACAUUCUAAACUUAAUCCUCAUUUCCAAAUUUUUAAUAUGAAACUAUUGUGUUGCUGUUGCUCCUUUAUAAUGGUCUAAAUAAUCAGGAACAAUAUUAAUUAAAACAAUUAAUUGAUUCCUAGAUGGAAAACCAACUGAUCUGAUGAGGAAUAAUCUCUUACAGAAACUUUAACUGUGCAGUAAAAGUAGUAGCGCCCUCUGGUGUUCAGAGGAGGAACUGCAUCCUGCAGAGAAGUUCCUGGUUUAUCAGUGAAGCAGGAAGAGAAGCAGAGUUAGAAACCAUCAGCAGCUCAGGAUGAAGGUCUGUCUCACUCUGAUCUGCCUCUUCUUCCUCAAAAUGAACCAGGAAGUAAGAGGAGAAAGAAAUUUAGAGAAUUUAGUUCUGCAGGAUGGAGAAACUGGGGGACCCUUCUACAGAAAGGAAGGAGGAAGCAUCACAGUUACAUGUGAAUUUCGUUACACAGGAACCAAAAGGUUCUUCUGUAAGRAAACUUGUGAAGGACAAAAUAUUCUCAUUGAAACAACUAAAGACAGAGAUCAGAGAGGAAGAUUCAGCAUCAGAUAUAAAAAAAGAAGUCGUACUGAAUCUGAUUUUCUACAUGUGAGCAUCACAGAUCUGGAACCGUCAGACUCAGGACGGUACCGGUGUUGCUCAGAUGGAACCUGGGCUGGAACUCUAUAUGAUGAUUUUAAUCUUGUUGUGACUGAAGAUUCUUCAGAACCAAAAUUGACUCCAAGACCUUUUAGGAGAUCAACUUUUCUCCCAGCAGCUUCAACAACAACAACAACAACAUCAACAUCAACAACAACAACUCAGACUCAGAGUUUCUCUCCUUCUCCAUCUGAAACCAUCAAAUCCUCUGGUAAAUCAGCUGCAGCUUCAGGUUCAUCAUCUGUUCAUGUUUAUUAGAUGUUUAUUUGAUGAUUCGGAUCAGAGACUCAUAAAGGAGAAACUAAGAAAUAAAGAAACUAUUGUUAAAAACACAGUUAGAACUUUGCAGAUAAUGUAACAAAAA